CAACAAGGAAACAGGUUGUACCAGUUCAGUUCUCACUGAGGAGAGACACACAGACGGACAGACACACGGUCCGGUAAUGGUUCAAGCUCCAGGAUGGAUUGAUACCGGCUGUCUGUGACCUGUCUUCAAACUCGGAAGCCCUGAUCCGAAAUGAAACGCUCAACAGAGCCAGCUCCUCCGAUUGAAACAUGGACCAAAGCAGAUGUCCACAGGUGGCUGAUGACAGAGGUCAAAGUUCAUGAGACUUGUGCUAACAGAUUCUCUGAAGAGGAAGUGUCAGGAGACUCUUUAGUUGACUUUGAGAAGACAGACAUAUUGGACUUGGGAAUUAAACAUGGCCCUGCUGUCAAAAUUACAUCCUACUUAGAAAGUCUGAAAGAAGGUUUACCGCAUGAAUCACAGUUCCCAGCAUAUGUAGAAAACUGGACCAAGGAGCAAGUGAACCAGUGGUUACUGCAGCAUGUGAACAUAUAUAGCAAAUAUGCAGAAAGGCUUCAAGAGGAAGAUGUGUCAGGGGAUUGCCUUGUGUGCUUCAAGAAGCAGGAUCUUCUGGAUCUGGAUGUAAAAAGUGGUCCUGCAGUAAAGAUUCUGGCAGAACUUCGUAAGCUGAACAAGAAACCAGAGCCAACACUGCAACCCAUUCUUCACACCAAAACGGACCAAAAAGAGGCUCCAAAAACCAUUCAACCUGAGCAGAGUCUGGCUCAGGCCAUAGCAACCAUACAACCAGAAUCUUACAACAAAACUAAAUCAAAAACAGACAGAUCAGUGGAAAAUGAGACUCAGCCAUUCAAGAAAGCUUCAGAGAAGCAGCCAAAGCCAGAGAACCUGGAAGCCAGGAGAAAAGAAACCAGGCCGACCACAGUCCUACCAGAUACACCUAAGAGCACUGUGGAGAUCCAGGAAACCCUAGAAAACCUUUCAAAAGAUGACCUAAAAAAGUUUCAAUUUAAUUUAAAAGAAUAUAGAACAUCCAAGUAUAAACCUAUUUCUCGGAGUAGAGUGGAGGGCAGGGACACUAUGGACACUGCUCAGUUAAUGACUGACCACUAUGGAAGCAAGGACGCUCUGCGAGUCACAACAGACAUUCUGAUGGGAAUACAGCAGAAUGAGCUUGCUGGUCAACUGAAAAAGAACAUGGGUCAAGAGGAGCAGCAGAAUCUUUCAAAAGGAGUUUUGAAGAAAGAAGCUAACCAGGGUGACAAACUAAAGAAUUUGUUAACUUGUGGUGGGAAUUCACUGGAUAACUAUGACCGUUUUGUUGUUGUUAUGAACAAGAGCAGUCCAGAACAAGUGCAGUAUCUCCAGUUUUUGAAUAAGCUGAAACUGUUUUGUGUGUUAGACUUUGACCCCAACUCUAGUUCUCCAGGGGAGUGUGUCAUUCCUACAGAGAGUCAAGGGUGGCCAAUCUACAUACCCCAUCACAGUAUCAAGGACAGACUGACUCUGUGAUAAAAAACCUUAACCUCUACCAACAGACCAGCUGGGUCUUCUGCAAUGGUAGACAAGACCUUGACAGCGACUCGAACAAGGAGUUAGA